AUGGACUCAUUGCCCCCGGAGCUCCUAGCCAGGAUAAUUUCCCUGGUAGUCGUCAAACAAAAGCGACUGACCAAAUAUGCCACAAUAUCUCGAGCAUGGCAGCACGUAAUAGAAGAGCGCACAUUCUCGCAUUUGUCUUUCUCCAACGAUGAUCUGGACAAAGUCAAAUCAGUCGUCUUCGAGUCACCGUACGUACAUCGCCGUACAGCUCUUCGGCAUGUGGAUUACAGCAUCAAUCUUCCGGACUACGAUGAUAAUGCCUGCGGACGUUUUGAGAGAGAAGCAGACAGACAUAUCAAUGAUAAGGCCUUCAGUAAAGCUAUGGCCGAUUCCUUUUCCGCACUGGCGAACAUCGACGCUGGUGAUGGGUCCAGGCCUAUUCAUCUGAAUCUCCUACAUUUCUCUUCUGCUAUGGAUACGAAUCGCCGAGAUAAGGACAAAUUGAGAGCAGAUGAGAUGGCAAGAAGCAUAGGGAAACGACACGAUCUCUUUGAGCUUCGCUACCGGGAUUCGUAUCUCCAGCUACUUGAUCCCGAGAGUCUACCUCUAUUGCACAAUGUGACGUCCUUGACUAUCGACGGUGAUACAGCGCGCAAGCUAGCACCGGCAGUCACCGCUGGACUUAUAUCAAGACUGCCCAAUCUUGAUACUACCGACUGUACGUUCUGGGACAUGGAGAGACGACGACCAGAUCAGCGCAGGCAACUGCGUUCAAAAUUUUCUAAGCAAUUGACAGAACUGACUCCUCCCAAGAGUCUUCGAGUGUUUGAUUUGAAGAUGAUCAGCAGAGAACCCGCCAACACAAGGUUCUUCUCUGGAGACGUCCGCGGUGGUUUCUAUCCACUCAAUGUUGAUGACCUAUCCGCUUCGUUACGGUUGUUCUCACAGUCAGCGCCUUGUUUGACUAGUCUCGAGCUGAGUGGUCCUAUUUCCGUGGGGGCAGAUCUGUUCUGGCCAUCAGAAGAGACCAAAAAAGAUGCCGAGCAGCAAUGGCGAAAGCUUAAAGUAUUCACCGUCGAGCUCAGUGCAGUCAGGCCCGAUGGCGGCUGGUACACAGAGCUGGAUCCCAACCGUGACACAGAGUCUUCCGAUGAAGAAGAAGACGAAGAUAACGAAUAUAUGGACGAUUCCUCCGAUAUCGUCCACAAUGGCACCUAUAGUGAGUCAGCGUCAUCAUCAGACUACGACUCUGACGACUCCUUCUUCGCCAUGGACCAAUUACCACCAGACUCUUACGGCUACCCUGAUGAGAAACGCGACGCCCGUCUCAAUGGUGAUGAGCCUUCUACUUCGAACUUCCGCACAAAGCCUACUCCAGAGCUCGAGACAUUCUUCCUAUCAGCAGCCCGCGCAGCUUCACAUAUGCCCGCACUGAGAGUCAUGAGUGUCAGUCACAAAAUUCGUCCCAGUGGGAGAACGGGGAGAAGAUUCCAGCAAUUGGGUUUCCGGUAUAUGGCUGCUGGUACUAAGUAUCCAGGUGAUGGAGCCGAGACGAGAGAAGUGAGACGGCUGUAUUGGAACGUUCAUCGUGGUUGGCGUAUGAACCAAGAGCUGGAGUCGCAGUGGAGGUUACUUCUGGGUGAUGAUGGCAUCGUGAAGUAUAAUGAGUGGUAG